UUCAGUAUGAUUGUUGCAGUGAUCGAGUAAGAACGUUUUUCAAAGACAGUGUGUAAAAUUUUCAUUUAUUGUAGACAGUCUUCGUUUAUCGUAUUUACAAUAGGGUAAUUGAAUUUGGACACAGUAUUUUUUUAUUUUGACCAAUCCCCCUUCUUUUCUAUCAUGAGUAAAUCGAGGAGAUGUAAUAAAAUAUUGAACGAAAUUAUCUACAUCAAUGAAGAUUAUUCUGAGGAUACCUCCGAAGAAGAUCAGUAUAAAUUAGACAAAAGCGAAGAUGAGAGUGAAAGUUCUAAAUAUAUUGAAAGUGGAGAGAUAGAAGGAUCUUCGGAUAGUGAAGAGGAAAAUUUCUUGAAAGUGUAUCGUAACAAGCAAAAAAUCCGUAUUCUUUCUAGUUCUGACUCUGAGGAUGAGAGGACGAGCAUUCCAAGCACAUCCCAAAAUGUAAUGAGUGAAAUUGAUAUUGCAGUUGACGGAACACAGUGGAUAAAACUGAAAACAGGUGGAUCUAGGGGUAGGACGCCCGUUCGUAUGAUAUUCAAGGAUAUCGCAGGGCCUACUUGAUACGCCAAGAAAAAUAUUAUGUUGGGUUGUGUAACUAGUGCUUUCGAAUUAAUAAUUGACAGACACAUAAUGGAACACAUAAAAGAUUGAACUGAAACGGAGGCAUAUCGAGUUUUGAAAAAAGACUGGACAAUCACAGUU